GUCAUAACGCUCGCGACGUUGCCAGGGUGAACAGCAAGCUCGCGCGUGGCGUCUGCAGCAGGUAAACAUUGCGAAAUGUGGACUCGUGGAGGACCGAGGAGUUCCGUUCUGGACCGGGCAAAUGCUCUGCUGUCCGGACAGAGAAUUUCAAACACUGGGAUCUCGAAGGACAAAACAGACGUGGGAAACUCCGGAAAAUUCAUACCACAGGCCAGACAGACCCAAUUCCUGGAACUGAGCAAUGUCUCCUCACCCUCGACAAGCCAAAACCUGCUUGAUCCUACAAAGACGACUUUGGAGAGUUUCAGCAUGGGUGGCGGGAGCCGAUUUCUGAAGAAGACCUCGAAAGACGCCACAGGAGAUAAAUUGUUGUCCACUCCUAGUGAAACUCCUGCUAAAAAUGACGAAUUUAAGUUAAUACCUCAACGCAAUUCUCAGAGCACGGCUUUGAGCAGACUCGCGCUCAUCGAGAACCGCAUUAAGAAUCAAAAAAGCAAAGGCGAUGCCCCUGGAAUCGAAACAGAUUUCUCAGAACCUCUAGAGACGCCUGUAUCUGUCCAGUCCAACAGCGAUCUGAUCAUGACGGGAAGCCGUUUCCUGAAGAUGACGACAGUGUCCGUUCCUCAAGAGCAGAAGUUUCCUGAGAGAGCAACAUUGGACAAUAUACCAGGUCUGAUUGAACGUAAAGGAAGGAGAGUAAGUCUAGACAGCGAUGAGCAGGACAUGAAGAGACUUUUAGGAGAUUCUUUGAGUUUAUCAGAGAGUUCACAGCAAAAUACUGCAAGGCAGAGGUCAUACAGGAAGACUAGUGAACAAUCUACUCUACCUUCACCAGCUCCUGAAAGACAUAAACAGCAGCAUCAAGUACUUCGCAGACUCUCUCCAUCCCCGCCAACUUCACCUAAACCUCCAUCCCCCAGCAGACCCGACUCCCACAGGGUCAGAUUCACCGAACGAUCGGUAUCAUCUGAAUCGAGUCACAGUGAGAUCCGGUCGCUGGACGAUCUUUUCCCUGUUCCUGCCGUGUCUGACGCUGAUGACACUCUGAGCGAGAGGAGUUCAGCAUCUGAUGAUUUCAAACUUAACGUAAUGACACUGGGCGAUCUUGCUCCUAUACCGUUAAAAACAGCUGAAAAGAAAGAAACAGAAGCCAGACAGGAAGUCAGGAAUAGGAAGUCCUCUACAGACAUCGCUCGGGUCUAUUCACCAGCCACACCAAAGGAGCCAUCAGCAGACUAUGAAAGUGAUUUUGAAAGCGAGAUCCCAUCCGAGACAGCAAAAAGCGCCAGUGAGAUCUCCGAAAAUCUCACAGAUGAUGACAAAGAUGCCUCAUUGGUCAGUGAGGCCAAGUACAGCUUGUACAAAUCCAAGGAAGAGGAUGUGGACCACAGUUUAUCAGAAACAUCACGGUCAUCCAAGGAUUCUUACUCCGAUACUUCUACAAGAUCCAGUUUUUCCAAUGCAACAAUCACACACAGUCGCAGUCCUGACCGUUGCGUGAAGGAGGCUGCGGUACAAACACAACCAGAUGGACUGACGUACACAUGGUCCUCAGGUAUGGCCGCUGUUGGUCCAUCAGUGGGGAUGACAUAUGUGGAUCCCGCACCAAUAGCCACUCACACAGUCAGUGCUGAAGCCAUUGAGAGUUUGACGUCGUACAGUCCUGCUGUGGUUGCACUCAAUGACAUGUUACGGCAGCAGUUAGCGCUCACCAGAGCGUUCAUCGAGUCCACCAGGCAUCAUUAUACGUCAGUGCUGGACUCAUUGGGCCCUGCAGACUACAAAUACACCACACUAGAUGACACUAAAGAGUUCAUCCGUGCUCACAGACCACCUAAACUGAGCAUUGAAGACGCCCUAGAGGAAGUUCUACAGGAAAUGAGGGACUAUCAUUAAAUUUGAACGAACGGUCUAUGAGUGUUAUAAAUGAACUGUCCAGAGACCUCGUUCAGCCAAAAC